UUCAGGACAACCCUUUCCCACUCUAUAUACUAAAAUCCUCCCUAAGUAUUCUUCCAAAAAUAAAACAAAAAAAAAAAAAAAAAAAAAAACCAAAACAAACAGACAUUCCCUCAAGAAGAACACACCCAGAAAAAUGGAGACUUACAGAUCCUCCAGCAGUAGCCCCUUGUGCUGCAUUGCCCUAUUCUCUCUGCUUCUGUUCGCCGGAAUCGGCGCUUCCGCCGCCGUUGCCGCCGCCACGGUGGCGGCAGCGAAUACGAGAAUUCACUACCACGAAUUUGUAGUGCAGGCGACGGCAGUAAAGAGGCUGUGCAGGACGUGGAGCGCGAUCACCGUCAAUGGGAUGUUACCGGGGCCGACAUUGGAAGUUAAUAACGGGGACUCGUUGGUCGUCAAGGUUGUCAAUCGAGCUCGUUACAAUGUUACGAUACACUGGCACGGCGUUCGUCAGCUUCGAACGGCGUGGGCGGACGGUCCCGAAUUCAUCACCCAAUGCCCGAUCAGGCCGGGCGGGAGUUACACAUACCGGUUUACGAUCCGAGGGCAAGAAGGCACGCUCUGGUGGCACGCCCACAGCUCGUGGCUCAGAGCGACCGUUUACGGCGCUCUGAUCAUUCGUCCAAGAGCCGGAGCCUCGUAUCCGUUCCCGAAACCGAAGCGCGAAACGCCUCUACUUCUCGGGGAAUGGUGGAACGCCGAUCCGGUGAGCGUCGUUCGACAAUCCACGAGAACCGGAGCUGCGCCGAACAUCUCGGAUGCUUUCACAAUCAACGGCCAACCCGGCGACCUCUACGACUGCUCAAGCAAAGACACGGUGAUAGUUCCCGUCGAUGUAGGCGAGACGAAUCUUCUCCGAAUCGUCAACGCCGCCCUCAACCAGCAACUUUUCUUCAAAGUCGCGAACCACGACCUCACCGUGGUGGCCGCCGAUGCCUCCUACGUCAAACCCUUCGUCACCUCGGUUCUCAUGCUCGGGCCGGGCCAAACGACCGAUGUUCUGAUCACGGCUGACCAGCCUCCCGCCCGAUACUACAUAGCGGCACGCGCGUACGCAACGGCUCAAGGCGUACCGUUUGAUAACACUACAACGACGGCUGUGUUGGAGUAUAUAUCCGCGCCAUGCGCCGCCAGGGGCGUCGUAAUUGAUCCCGUUGCGCCGGCGAUGCCGGCGUUCAACGACACCGUCACCGCAACUGCAUUCACAACGAGCUUCAGAAGCCCGAGACGGGUUCCCGUGCCCACCGAUAUAAAUCACGAUCUAUUCUUCACCGUCGGACUCGGCCUCAAUAAUUGCCCGCUGGGCGCGAGCCCUAGCAGCUGCCAGGGCCCGAACGGGACGCGGAUUACGGCGAGCAUGAACAACGUGUCGUUCGUGUUCCCGCCGAUCUCGUUGCUUCAAGCGCAUCAACAAGGCAUUCCGGGAGUUUUCACCCGCGACUUUCCCGGAAAACCUCCGGUAAGGUUCGACUACACCGGAAAUGUCAGCCGAGCAUUGUGGCAGCCGGUUCCCGGCACCAAAGUUUACCCGUUGAGAUUCGGCGACACGGUGCAGGUAGUGCUGCAAGGCACGAGCAUUUUCACGGCCGAGAAUCAUCCUGUCCAUCUCCAUGGCUACGACUUCUACAUCCUUGCCGAAGGAUUCGGAAACUUUGAUCCGACCACCGAUACCGCCAAAUUCAACCUCGUCGAUCCUCCUCUGCGCAACACUGCCGGAGUUCCCGUCGGCGGAUGGACGGUUAUUCGAUUUGUGGCUGAUAAUCCAGGGGUGUGGAUAAUGCAUUGCCAUCUGGAUGUUCAUAUCAAUUGGGGAUUUGCGAUGGCGUUUGUCGUGGAGGACGGCGUCGGAGAAUCGGAGAUGCUCGACGUUGCGCCGCCGGAUCUUCCCCUCUGUUAG